AUGGUUGCCACGUCAUCUUGCCUUCGUGUCAAAUCAUACCAGUUAAAUAGUGCGGGAUAUUUGAUUGGCAACCCAGCUACAGGGGAAGUAAUCGAUAAGAAUGUUCGGGUUCCAUAUGCUCAUAAUAUGGGGAUCAUUUCUGAUGAGAUUUACAAGGUGAUGGAUGCACUUCUCUUCCAGCUGUCCGCGAGCAUCACCAAGACCAAAGAAUUUGAGUGGAGAAAGGCGAUUUCUCAAGGAUGGGCACAACAUGUUUACUGUGCCACACGAUGUUCCUCCUCUCAAAUGCAGAGUGAGGAUGCUCUCCACAUCCAAAAGGGAACUGUCCCAGAAUGGAUCAGAUGCAAUGAUAAUUUGCAUUAUGCCAAAGAUCUUCCGAGCAAUGUAAAAUACCAGUGCAAGCUCACAAGCCAAGGUUAUCGAGCUUUUGUUUACAGUGGGGAUCAUGAUCUGGUGGUACCACAUAUAGGAACUCAGACAUGGAUAAGAUCUCUAAACUACUCCAUCAUCGAUGACUGGAGAUCUUGGUUCUUUGGUGAGCAAGUAGCAGGAUACACAAGAACAUAUGCCAACAAUCUUACAUUUGCUACCGUAAAGGGUGCUGGUCACACAGUUCCAGAGUACAAGCCAAGGGAAAGUCUAGCUAUGAUUAAGAGAUGGCUUUCAAAUCAACCACUCUAAGUUUUUAUGGCAUAUUUUUUUAUCAAAUAAGAUCCAAUGAUUGUGCUUGUUUCUCUAUG